AUGGUAGCAUGGAUCCUUCGAUUCUGCACAAAUUGUAGAAACCCAGGUAGUAGAAGAAGAGGAGAGUUAUCCGUUGACGAUAUAAACUCGGCUGAGCAGAAACUACUAAAAAUUGUGCAGCAGGAAAGUUUUGGUGACACUGUCACGAAGAAUAAAUUGAAAGGCUUCAACACUUUCCGUGAUGCCGACGAUCUGAUAAGAAUAAAGACAAAAAUUUUCAGAAGGGAAGAUGAAGAAAACUUCAAAUAUCCCAUAGUUUUACCGUCUGAUCACCCACUUGUGGAAAAGUUAAUUUAUGAAAAGCAUCUGGUUUCUUGCCACAGUGGAACUCAAGUUGUCCUGUCAUAUCUUCGACAAACAUUUUGGGUUCUCGGAGGUCGGAAGACUGUUCAAAGGAUCUUGAAACGAUGCAUUCGAUGUAAGAGAUAUUCCUCCAAGAAAUUAGAAACCGUGCCUGCCUCCCUUCCUAAAGACAGGGUUCGCGACGCGUUGGUUUUCGAGGUGACAGGGGUUGACUUGGCAGGGCCACUCUAUUUGAAGAAUGGAGAUAAAGUUUGGAUAUUAUUAUUUACCUGCGCCGUGUAUCGGGCUAUCCAUUUAGAGCUGAUACAGAGCCUCUCAACUGAUAGAUUCUUGCUUGGAUUAAGAAGAUUUAUAGCAAGACGUGGGAGACCACGAACUAUAUAUAGCGACAAUGGAACAAAUUUCGUUGGAGCGGUCAAUUUAAUGGCUUCUAUCGACUGGAGCAAAAUAGUUCAAGAGAGUUCAAUUUUGAGAAUUCAAUGGGUCUUUAGCCCUCCUGAAGCCGCCUGGUGGGGUCGGUUUUGGGAACGUAUGGUCCAAAUGGUGAAGAACCUUCUGAGAAGAGUUUUAGGAAAAGCAUCCAUAAAUUUUGAAGAGUUGAGUACCGUUCUAUGUGAUGCAGAAGCAGUUAUCAACUCCAGGCCACUCAACUAUUUAUCUGAAGAUCCAGAGGACUUAACACCACUAACCCCAGCUAUGUUCCUUCAGGACGUUCAAACGGUGGGAGUGCCUGACUUGGACAAUUUAGACAGCGUCAACCUGGCCAAAAGGUGCAGAUAUCAACAGAAAUUGAGAGAGGAUCUCCGGAAGAGAUUUCGGGAAGAGUACCUCAGUAUGCUAAUUCAUAGGCAGGAAAAUAAAAAACCUAUCAAGCGAAUACAAAUUGGAGAUGUGGUCCUCAUCGAGUGUGACAAAAGGAGACUGGACUGGCCAAUGGGACGAGUAGUUGAAGUUUUUCCUGGGAAGGACAACUCGGUUAGAGUCGUAAAACUGAAAACUGGAAAAGGCGAACUAAUUCGUCCUGUGCAACGAUUGCAUCCUUUGGAACUCGAUUUCACAAAUGAAAUAUUUAACCGUGAACCAUUUAAACAAGUAAAGAUCAAAAAAACUAAAGAUAUAACUAAAAUAACUAAACUAAACAGAUAA